CAAAACUCCCGUUAGUUUUACAGUUUUACUAUAUCCUACUGGUAGUGGUUCCUAUCUCAGACAGUCGGGCUAUUCUUCGACGUUUGCUAAAUCUACGAGUUUUAGGUCUAGGGUUUUUCCCAUCUUCUCUCCAUCAAUCACACUGUCAGUCUUCUCAAGCUUUCAACAAUGGCAAGAAACGAAGAGAAAGCGCAAUCCAUGCUGAAUCGCUUCAUAACAAUGAAGCAAGAUGAGAAAAAGAAACCUAAAGAACGUCGGCCUUACUUAGCCUCAGAAUGCCGCGACCUCGCCGAAGCAGACAAAUGGAGGCAGCAAAUCAUGCGCGAAAUCGGCCGAAAAGUCGCCGAAAUCCAAAACGAAGGACUCGGAGAACACCGUCUUCGCGACCUCAACGACGAAAUCAACAAGCUAAUUCGCGAGAAAUCGCAUUGGGAGCGUCGAAUAAUGGAUCUCGGAGGUCCAAAUUACACCAAACAUUCGGCAAAAAUGACUGAUUUGGAAGGCAACAUCGUCGAUGUUCCAAACCCUAGUGGUCGAGGUCCAGGAUAUCGGUACUUUGGAGCUGCGAAGAAGCUUCCAGGAGUGAAGGAAUUGUUCGAGAAACCGCCUGAAUUGAGGAAGAGGAGAACGAGGUAUGACAUAUAUAAACGGAUUGAUGCUAGUUAUUAUGGAUAUAGAGAUGAUGAGGAUGGUGUGUUGGAGAAAUUGGAGGGACCGGCCGAGGCAGCAAUGAGAGAGAUGGCGGUAGAGGAGUGGAAUUUGAUGGAGGAGAUUAAGAGGGAGGCGAAAAGAGCUGUUAAAAGUGGCGAGGUGGUUAAUGUGAAGGAGAUAUUGUUUGAGGAAGAGGAGGAGGUUGUGGAGGAGGAGAGGAGAGAGAAAGAGAGGUUACAAGAGGAUCAAUUGCGAAACAACGAGUUCGUCGUGCACGUUCCAUUGCCUGAUGAUAAGGAGAUUGAAAGGAUGGUUGUGGAGAAGAAGAAGAUGGAGUUGUUGAGUAAGUAUACUAGUGAUGAUUUGUUGGAGGAGCAGACUGAAGCUAAGGCUAUGUUAAAUAUUCAUAGAUAGAGAUUGCUGCACUACCUUAGUAACUUAAUCUGUUGAGCAUUGCUUCAUCAAAAGGAGAGCAAAGAUGGGGUGAUUCAUGCUGUAAUCACUCAUGGUUUUGCACGGAAAGUUUCAUGUUGGAGAGUAAGGUCUUGCUGCUUUAUUGUUCUAUAAGCAUGGUAAGAUAGCAAAAACUUUUUACUGAUAGGCCUCUUAAGUCUUAUCUGUUGUAUUUGAGGUGGUACUGGGUUGUGCUGCAAUUGUCAGAAGAACAUCAUUUUAUGGGCACUUCAAGUACGUUUAUGAUAUGAUAGAAAUGGUAGUCAGAUACCAGUCGUCUGUUAUUGGUGCCGCGUUUGGGGUUCACAUUUGCGUGUAAAGGUGUAGGUAGAUACUUGAAAACGGGUACUCUAAUGAAAUAGACAAGCAGUGUUCAUUCCAAAUAGAUACUUGAACCAAAUAUUGAUGUUGGCUAGAUCAAUUCCUUCCUUAA